AAUAACGGUCAAUGUCGAUAUUUAAAAUAUCUUUAAAUCAUACAUUGCUUGAAAUUGCGUUUUAGUUUAACCAGGAAGCAAUAUCAGUCUUUUUAUAAAUGUUGCAAUGGAAUCUACAGAAGAAACGAUUGAGUGGUCAGAAAAAUCCGCACCCCUCAAAGAAAUAAUCAGAGACGAGAAACUGCCGAUUCUCGUUAAAGUGGCAGAAGGGUUCUAUAACAAUGACAACGAAUCAUUUUCUCCAGGUGAUCUGAUAAGACUGGAUGGUCUUAAGUGCAUUCAAAAGGUGAGAGCUGAUGUUGUAUCUGCAAAAAAUAAAAAAAUGGAAGAGAUAUUUAUUCCGCUUGAAUACAAAGGAAAAGUUAAAAUUACAGGAGUAACAUUGAUGGAGAAAACUUUCCAUUCUGUUGAAGAACUGAUAAAAGUUUUUCCCAGGUAUGUUACUGUGAUAGAGGCUUUCACAUCGCGAACUACAGAACGUUUUUCAGCAAGAAACGUUGAAAAAGGGGACAGUCUUGAACUUGAUAGAUUUCUGGAAGGAAUCGGUUUAGUUUGUACGGAUGUGAAAAGUGGACAACUAUUAAUCAUUUCAACAUCAGGGCAAUACCACCUUAUUUCCAGACCCGACAAUAAUCAGUACACUAUAAAAGAGGUAAUUGAUCGCUUUCCUUUACCUCAAAAUGUAACAUUUGUCGAUGAAGAAGUACAGAAACUUUUUACAACAAAUCUUGAUGAAGCUCUACCCAAUAUAUGUACAUUUACUGGUAGUUUGAAACUUUUGGGAUUCACCACCGAAGAAGUUGUUGUAGGCCAUAGUAAGCCACAGACUCUACAGAAGGAUCAGGGAAAGUUUGUACAUAGAAAUGUUAUCAUGUUGCCUACAAACGGGGAAAUCGUGAAAGAACUGGAAGUAUAUCUUGCCAUCAAACAAGGCGACAAAGAUUAUGAAAUUUUACUGUCAACAAAUGUUUCACAAAGCCAAGAUAUGUCAGCUGUUGAUAGUAUGCUGUAUGUUGAUAUGGUCAAAAAGCCCAGACGCAUGAUAAAUUUGAAGAUCCGCGAAGAAGUACCGUAUUCUGUACCACCUCCUAAAGUUCCUCCUAGAAGAAAAAGUUCAGCAGAAGAUUGUCCAUCAAAUUUGCAAAAAGCAAUGACAAUUCCAAGAAUGCGUGAUAAAGUUGGUGAUAAUGAUGACUAUAUACUGAUGUCAGACAAAAAGGGUGAUGUUGAUCACACCGAUGAUUACGAAGUAAUUGAUGAGUCAGGUGCACAAGAGAUAUUUUAUAAAAGAGAAAUGACUCAAAAAUCAAAAGUCAAGAAAUUAGUUGGUUCAAUUGGGAGGAAAUUUCCAUCUAGCUUGAAAAAUAUCUUCGUUCAAUCAUGGACUCCUACAAGCAGCGGAAAAGAAAUGGGAAAGGAUCAUGCAAAUUGCAGGAGUGGCGUUAAACAAAAUUAUGAGACAAAUUUAGAACAUAUAGGCGAUUUGGAAGGAGGAGAAUACACUGAAAUAGUUGAUACUACGAUUAAACCUGUUUUAGUUGUUAAACCAACGUCGGCAGUUUCACCGAAGCGAAAUGCAGAACUUCUUAAUGAUGAAAGUUUAAAAAAUAUGUCAGUUGAAGAACUUGUUGCUCGUUUUCGAUUUUGUAAAUUAGACAGAUUAGCAGAUUUAUGUGAAAAAGAAGCCUUUGAUGGUAAUAUUUUUGGAAGUUUAACUGAUGAACAACUGCAGAGUGAACCGUUCUGUUUACGGCCUGUUGAUUUAAUUAAAGUACAAAGUGUUAAAAACGGAUGGAGACCGAUAUUCAAAUGAAAAUAAAAAGUUUUGUUUCUACCAAUUAACAGCUUAUCAACAUCAAAAGAAAAAAGGGAUAUUGUAAUAUAUUAAUAUCUUAUAAACAUCAAAUGAAAAAUUUGAGUAUUUUUAAUGUAACGGAAAGUGCUUAGAUUAUAUCUUUUAAGUCCCUUUACACUGUUAAAAGAUCAUAAACCAAAGAAUCCUUAUGAACUUAGAAGACUGCAUUCAAAAAUACACAUAUUUCGACAUAAAUUAAGUGAAUAUCAAUCAUAUUUAUCAAAUUAACCAGAUGUCUUAAGAAAUGACUUAAUAAAAGCUAUUUCUGCUGUUUAUCCAUCGAACACGCAGCAUCUGGAAGUUAAAUAUAGACAAGUCGCGACUGAUCGUCCCACAGUCUAAUUAAAAUACAGAACUCUGUACUAAAUAUGGAGUAUAACUCUCGUUAUACUCCAUAUUUUAAUUAGACUGAUCGUCCCACGAACUGUUGCAAUGUGUUAUAACAGGUUAAAAUCAAUCGGCCUGCCUGUCUAGAAGAAAACAGAGUAUAUUCUUAUAAACAUGUUAUUAUCCUGCAUGUGAAUGUAAUAUUUGCUGUUGGGUUGUACACGUCAAAUCAUCAUUGUUGAACCAAUUCCUGCCUAGUCAUUUUGGGGCCCUUUAUAGCUUGCAGUUGGGUGUGAGCCAAGGCUCCGUGUUGAAGGCCGUAUACUUUGACAUAUAAUUGUCAACUUUUUACACAUUGUGACUUGGAUGGAGAGUUGUCUCAUUGGCACUCAUACCAAAUCUUCUUAUUUCUAUCAAACACAUUUGCAGAAAGAUUUGUAUGCCAAACAAAUUACAUUUUUCUCUUAACUUUUAAGGGUGUGCAACAACUACAUACGUUACCCCGAGAGGUGCAUCAACUGUUUCCCCGAGAGAUAUUUUUAAGGGUGUUCAACAACUGUUUCCCCGAGAGAUAUUUUGCUACAAGAGAGCUGAUCUUUAGAGACUCUCAUGUGUUCGUUAAACAAUAUCGUUCCUUUUCAAUGCAUAUUAAUAUGAUAAUAUAUUUUGAUGGUUAG